CGUCGGGCGCGUGAUCAUCGUCGGCGCGGUGCGGUUCGGAUCGGUGAGUGGUGCGCGCGCGGAAGACGCGAAGUGUGCGUGUGAGGCUGGUGAUGGCUUGCUGGCCGCCCCGCAACCGCCGCCUCUGAAGCAGCAGCAGCAGCAGCAGCAGCGAAAAGGCAGCAAACUCGAGACGUUCGCUAAACGCAAGUCUCAAACUCGUUAACUUUAACGUCGUCGCCGGCGUUGUUGUUCAGUGUGUCUUCGUGGUGCGCGUUUAUAGUUCGGCGCGUGGUGUGUUCAUUAGAGGGUUAAUGUGCAUUAAUUAUUUAGGUGUUUCAUCGUCAUGCAUCCAAAGAGAUUCAAUCAUCGCACCAAACAAAAACAACUAGCAAUUGGAGCAAUGUGACGUCACCAAACAUAACCUCAUCAUUCGUAGGCUGACAGUGUAGCUUAGCAAACUGAUCAAUCAAUCAAUCAAUCCAAAUCAUAGACAACUGUAAUUUAGUGCCAUUUAUCUACAAAGUGUUCUCGUGUAAGAGUGAGUGAGUUUUAAGUGUGCAAAUUCAAAAUAAUAAAAUAAAUAAAAUCAUUGUGCGCUAUCGCGCAUGCGCAAUUGACACAUCAUGGUCCGAGUGAAUGACGUGCUCGUGUGCUGCUGUCUAUUGGCAAUUGUCGCUGCGCUUCCACCAGUCAUCCGAAUAGGUGCGAUAUUCACCGAAGAUCAAAAAGACAGCAGCGUGGAGCUGGCAUUCAAGUACGCCGUGUACAGGAUCAACAAGGACAAGGACCUUCUGCCAAACACGACGCUCGUCUACGAUAUACAAUACGUGCCGCGCGACGACAGCUUCCGGACGUCGAAAAAAGCAUGCCGUCAGAUGGAGUUCGGCGUCCAAGGCAUCUUCGGUCCAUCAGAUCCUGUCCUCGGUGCACAUAUACAGAGUAUAUGCGAAGCUCUGGACGUUCCACACCUCGAAGCCCGCAUAGAUUUCGAACCUGUGAGUAAAGAACUCUCAAUCAAUCUGCACCCGAGUCAGGAGCACAUGAAUCGCGCCUUCAAAGACCUCAUGACAUUCCUCAACUGGACCAAAGUCGCCAUUAUCUACGAAGAAGACUACGUUCCGCUCGUAGGGGGAAAAGGUUUAUUCAAAUUGCAAGAAUUGGUGAAGGCGCCUGCCGCCGCCCGGACGGAGAUGUACAUACGUCAAGCCAGCCCCAGCACGUAUCGACAGGUGUUGCGCGAGGUGCGCCAGAAAGAGAUUUAUAAACUCAUCGUCGACACAAAUCCCAAGAAUAUUAAUCAAUUCUUUCGUGCUAUUCUACAACUUCAAAUGAACGAUUAUCGUUAUCACUACAUGUUCACAACAUUCGAUCUCGAGACGUUUGAUCUCGAAGACUUCAAAUACAACUCGGUCAACAUCACCGCCUUUCGCAUCGUCGACGUCGAAAGCCCCAAAGUCAAAGACGCUCUGGACGUCAUGGAGAAGUUCCAGCCGAUCGGCCAUCAGAUACUCAAUCGCAGCGGCAUCAUUCAGGCGGAACCAGCAUUGAUGUUCGACUCGGUUUAUGUCUUCGCCAAAGGCCUCUCGGCGAUGGAAUCCGGGCAUUCAAUCAAACCUGUCAAUUUAUCGUGUGACCUUGAACGACCGUGGGAUGACGGCCUCUCACUGUAUAAUUAUCUUGACGCUGUGACGGGCCUGCACGGCCUCACCGGAAACCUGGAGUUCAACGAAGGCAAGCGCUCCAAUUUCAAGCUGGACCUGCUUAAGCUGAAGAAGGAGGAGGUGCGCAAAGUGGGACAAUGGACGCCUUCCGGUGGGAUCAAUAUCACUGAUCCCAAUGCAUUCUACGAGUCAAACGCGCCGAAUAUUACACUGGUUGUAAUGACACGUGAGGAACGUCCAUACGUAAUGGUAAAAGAAGAAAAGAACCUGACCGGAAACGCGCGCUAUGAAGGCUUCUGCAUCGACCUGCUGAAAUGGAUCGCCAACCAAGUGGGCUUUCAAUAUUCAAUCAGGCUGGUGCCGGAUCACAUGUACGGCGUCUUCGAUCCGGAAACAAAACAGUGGAACGGCAUCGUCCGCGAGCUAAUGGAAAAAAGGGCUGACUUGGCUGUUGCAUCGAUGACCAUCAACUACGCACGGGAAAGUGUCAUAGACUUCACAAAACCCUUCAUGAAUCUAGGAAUUGGUAUCUUAUUCAAGGUACCAACAAGUCAACCAACGAGGCUCUUCAGCUUCAUGAAUCCUUUAGCAGUGGAGAUCUGGUUGUACGUGCUAGCUGCCUACAUGUUAGUCUCAUUCACCUUGUUCGUAAUGGCGCGCUUUUCGCCCUACGAAUGGAACAACCCCCACCCCUGCCACCAGGAGUCCGACAUCGUCGAGAAUCAAUUUUCUGUAUCCAACAGCUUCUGGUUCAUCACCGGCACUUUCCUCCGGCAGGGUUCCGGUCUCAAUCCAAAGGCAACAUCAACACGCAUCGUCGGCGGCAUCUGGUGGUUCUUCACUCUGAUCAUUAUCUCAUCAUACACAGCGAAUCUCGCUGCGUUUCUGACAGUUGAACGCAUGAUUACGCCGAUAGAGAGCGCGCAGGACUUUGCUGAACAAACGGACAUCUCGUAUGGUACACUGGAAGGUGGCAGCACUAUGACGUUCUUUCGGGAUUCAAAAAUAGGCAUCUAUCAAAAAAUGUGGAGAUUCAUGGAGAGUAAACAACCGCCAGUGUUUGUACCAUCAUACGAAGAAGGCGUCCAACGUGUCCUUGAAGGAAAUUACGCGUUUUUAAUGGAGUCCACCAUGUUGGAUUACGCAGUGCAACGUGAUUGUAACCUCACACAAAUCGGCGGUUUGUUAGAUUCGAAAGGUUAUGGCAUAGCUACACCUAAAGGCAGUCCAUGGAGGGAUAAAAUCUCACUCGCCAUCUUGGAACUUCAAGAAAAAGGCGUAAUUCAAAUAUUAUAUGAUAAAUGGUGGAAAAAUACCGGUGACGUGUGUAAUCGCGAUGAUAAAAGUAAAGAAUCAAAGGCUAAUGCGCUAGGAGUUGAAAAUAUAGGUGGCGUGUUUGUAGUAUUAUUAUGUGGAUUAGCACUGGCAAUACUCGUCGCCAUCUUGGAAUUCUGCUGGAAUAGCAAAAAGAAUGCACAGACAGAUCGUCAGUCCCUGUGUUCCGAAAUGGCGGAAGAACUACGCUUUGCCGUUAGAUGUCACGGCUCACGUCAAAGACCUGCAUUACGUCGCUCGUGCACCAGAUGCAGUCCAGCAACCACGUACGUCCCAGCCGCUCUAGACCUGCCACAUCUAAAUGGGGAAGGUGUAAUUUUACCAAUGAUGGACCUAAAGAAAUCCCCGAUAAUAAACUACGACGUCGACACCUAGCGUAAACUGUACGCAAUCGCCGAUGGCUGCGCCGGGGGCGGCGGGUUAACAUUCGCCGGCUGUUCGACGAGUUCGAUCCGCGACUGUUGCGGUGGGCCGUCGAAUGCGCGUCAGAAAGCCGCCACGCUUAGCCAUGUCUACCGCCCGACAGCGUACUAUCCACCGCCGAAUGUGCCACCCACCGGGGGUGGCGGCAAUAAUAGUAACCCAAGCGAUGUGGUGAAAUACGCCACACUCGGCCGGCAUCUGGCGUGCGACGUCGUCCAGAGCAGCGCGCCGCAAAACACAGCCGAUUGCCAUAACCAUCAGCGACAAGAGAAGAUCUUGUGGAAGUUCGAUUGUGAUAUUGGUAGUCCGAACAAUCCGGACCUGGUGACGAGGACACUACCGGACGCGAUCGUCAGUAGGACCACCACUUUGUGAUAUUUAGAUUUUAACACGAACGCAUUGACAGCGUGAGCGCAUGAAUUUGGACUUUGAAAAACAAAAAAAAACGGAAAAGAAAAAUUAAAUUAAAUUAAUCCGGACUGAUGUUUGUAUAAAGUACAUAUAAAAAUAUUAAAUAAUUAAUUAACGCGUAAGAAAAAUUGAAAGAAUGAAAAUUAUUAGGUAAAUGGACGUUUUAAACAUGAAAAACAUGAAAAACAUGAAAAAUUGGUUGUAUUGUAAAAGAAAAUGUUUAAAAUUACGUUUUUUCGCGUUUUUGGAUUUUUAUCGAAUCGAAUUAUUGAAAUAAUAUUUAUUUUACGGUGGGUUUGCUGCCCGCCACCGUCCGAUUGCGUUUGUUAAAACAAAUAUCACAAUAAAACAAAAAAUACAAAGUUUGGGCUCAAAAUACAACAAUACUCUGUUUUUAUAUUUGUUUGUGAGCUCAGGCUAUUAUUUUAUCGCUAUUAUCGACAAUCGUAACUCAAUACUUUAUUAAUGGCGUUGGAAUUUAUUUCGUGUUACAUUAUUUGUAUUAUUAGUGUUAUUAUUAAAUUAUUAGCAUUGUUUGUGGUUUAAUUCCAGUAAUAUUAAAAUUAUAAAAUGUAUAAUAUCAAUUUGAUUAGGGAUAUGUUUGGUUUUAUUGACAAAAUGUCAAAUUUAUUAUUAUUAUUAUUAUUAUUAUUAUAUUUGUAAUAUAUAACAUAU